AUGGGUUCGUACUGCCGCACGAUUGGAUUUGAGAAUAGGGUGGGUCUAGUCUCUAGUUGGAGUCCUCCUGCAGCUCCCUUCUGUAAGGUAAACGUCGAUGCGAGCUGGUCCAAGUUGGCCAAAUCUGGUUUUGUUGGGGUUGUAGUGAGGAACGAAGUGGGGGAGUUCGUUGCAGCUGCGAGAUUUGCUAUUGCUGCUUCGUGUGCUGCCCUGGCGGAGGCUUAUGCACUGCUUCGUGGUUGUGAGGUGGGAUCCUCUUUGGGUCUUUCAUCUGUGAUUUUUGAAUCUGACUCCUUAGAAUCCAUUUCUUGCCUCACGGGUUCGAUGGAGGAUGGUUCCUGGGAGGCUUUUCCAACUUUGGUGAGAGUCAAGGAGAUGGGGAAGACUUUUCAGAACUGUCGCUGGUCUUGGGUUCCAAGAUCAGCCAAUGUUGCGGCGGACUCUCUUGCGUCAAUUAACAACCAGGAGAUGUGUGAUGUUGUCUGGGUCGAUCGACCCCCAUCUUCUUGGAUUGCCUCGCUGUAG